UUGACCACGACCACGGCUGUCAGUGUUCGCUCGUCUCGUUUCCUCCGAAAGCGGCAGGGAGAUGGCUGACGUCGACGGCACCGCCGCUGCCACGGCCGGCGGCGUUGGCCAGGCAUUCUGGACGGCGUGCCCGCACUGCUGCCACGUGCACUCGUACCAGCGCCCCUACCUCGGGCUCCGCCUCCGCUGCCCGGUCCCGGCCUGCCGCCGCGCCUUCCUCGCCUCCGAGCUCCCCGCCGCGCCGCCCGUCGUUCCCGGCGCCGACAUGUACUUCUGCACCUGGGCAUUCUUCCCGCUCGGACCGGUCGCCACCGCCGACGGCUGGGUGCCCUUCACCCUGUUCCACCACUUCGACGCCCCGCCCUCCCCCUCCCCGGCCCCCGCCCCAAACCCCACCUCAGCAUCCGCCGAUACGCCAUCCCGCCCGGCAUCCAGGAGGAAGGUGGGGGUGUGCCUCAAGGGCAGGGCACGGGCUGAGGCGGAGGAGGAAGAGGAAGAGGAAGCGACCGCCGCCGCCAUCAGUUUCGAGGCCGAGGCGGGUGGGCUCGGGGAAAGGUACAGCAGCGGCAUCGACAUCAACAUCAGCGAGACGGUGGACCUCAGCGACCUGGGCCUCCGCGACGACGAGAUGGGGGUCCUCCACGACCUGCCAUGAGCCCAUGAGCCAGUCUUGGGGCGGAGGAAAAGGGAAAGGUUCUGCCUUUUAAUCGCAAUCUUGCUCUUGGCAAUGCUGCUUACUGUUACUAACAGCCCAACAAAUGGUAGAUGGUUUGCUGGAACCAAAACUUAAAACUCUGUUACUGGAUCGGCGUACUUUUGCCUAAGCUUAGCUUAGUUUCUGAUGGAAAUGUAGGGCUCAGUGCUGCAAAGCUGUUAAAUUUUUCUGAUUGAACAUCAUGGCUGUGGCGCUGUGGAGACACAGAAUGUUCCUCCUUUUUGUGCUGACUUGGAGGUGUUAAGUGAUCCAUGCUUUAUGCUGCGUCUAUAUAUAUGAAAUCAUGGUUUCUGUUUGUGUUUGGUUUCAUCAAUUCUCCUAAGGAUUUCUUUUCUAUUAAUGUUGCUCUUUUCGGAAAUGAAUUGUUAACUCACAAGGCUUUGUGCUGCUCACAUUGCUUGAUUUGUGGGUUUUCUCAUGCAAAGAAUCUGGGAGUUUGAGAGUUGUGACAAUUGUUUUGUGGGAGGACUUGAAAGUUUAAGCUUAGAUUCGUGCCUUGAAAUUAUAAGUUUUUGUUUCUGGCCAGUAUCAUCUAAUUGUCCUUAUAUCUUGAGGUUGUCCUUUGUGUUUUCUGCAAUGAAUUGUGAGGUACUGAUGCUUGGCCUACUUACUUCGCUUGUUUUGUGGGCUUUCUGAUGCAAUGAUCCUGGGAGUUUGACUCAUGUGUGUUUUUUUUU